UACAAUCCAUAGGUUUUGCAUGUGGCACAUCAUGGAGAAAAUGCCUGAGAAAGUUAGCUUUCCAACAAAUCAAGAUAAACAGUUCUGGAAAGAUUUGAAUGAGUGUGUAUGGGGUUCAGAAACUGGAGAAGAAUUCGAGAUGCGGUGGAAUGCUAUCAUAACUAGUAAGGGUCUCCAAAAGAAUGAAUGGUUGUUUAAUAGGUAUCAAAUUCGGGAGUCUUGGAUUCCAGCAUAUUUUAUGGAUGUACCUCUUGCAGGAUUCCUCAGAACCACCUCAAGAUCAGAAAGUUCAAAUUCAUUCUUCAAUCGCUUUAUUCAUCGAAAAUUAAGUUUUGUUGAGUUUUGGCUUAGAUUUGAUACAGCACUGGAGUGCCAACGGCACGAGGAGUUAAAGGCAGAUCACAUGAGUAUUCAUAGCACACCGUUGUUGAGUACCCCAUGGCCUAUCGAGAAGCAAGGAAGUAUAUUGUACACACACAAUGUGUUCAAAAAAUUUCAAAAUGAAGUGAUAUCUGCCAGGGACCAUUGCUUCGUUGUAGGCAUCAUGCUACAAGAGGAUGUUAAGUUUGUCGUGAUCAAUGAUGGGUCCAUGAGGGAGCGGGUGGUUCAAUGGUGUGCAUCAGACAUGUUUGGAAGUUGCUCAUGCAAACUGUUUGAGAGUAUAGGAAUUCCAUGUAGCCAUAUUAUUCUCACUUUGAGAGGUGAAAAGCUUUAUGAACUUCCUUCAUUUUUUAUUUUAAAAAGAUGGGAGACAAAACGCAAGAGAGAGACUGUGUUUGACGAGGAAGGCAAUAUAUUGGAGGAGAAAGCUAUGGAUGCUAAUGAGGUGGAAAGAAGGAAAAAGAUAGCAACGAUACGAAACAAAGUUGAAGAUUUGAUUCAAAGAGCAAAGAGUUCAAAUGAAGGCAUGGAUCUCUUACUUUCAACUGUGAUGAAUAUAGAGACUUCUUUUAUUCAAAUUGUGCCUAGCACAGUGCAAGCUCCUCAACAAGAAUAUGAGACUUUAUUGGUUGUAAAAUUCCGGAACAAAUUGAAAUUCAUCCACCAACUGAUGUUCGUUCGAAGGGAAGGAGCAAAAGAAUCAAGAGAGCAAAAGAAUUGCCGAAGCCACGCAAGGGAAAGAAUUCUAAGAUUGUGACUAAAGAGGCACAUUAAUAAAUUAUUGUUGUUUUAUUUUAGAAUUUAGCCCAUCUUUUGAAUUUUAUUUUGGUGGUGUGACUGCUAUUAAAUAUUGA